AUGGCGACUGUGUAUAGCGGGAGGCUAAAUAUAUCCGGCAGAGAACAAGCGGUAGAUGUGAAGAGAUUCAGAGACGAAAUCGCCGGCAGUGAGAGCCUGAUCGCUGAAAUUCAAGCGCUGGCCGUGACUAAACACCGUAACUUAGUUCGCUUGUUGGGGUACUGUUGGGCUUCAAGGGCCAUGGCUUUGGUUAUGGAGAUGAUGCCGAAUCGAACCUUGGCCGAGCACAUUCAAGAAAAGACACUGAACUGGAGCAGGUGCUUCAGAAUCGCACGUGGCGUGGCUGAGGGAUUGAAGUACCUUCACCACGAAUGUCCGCAGCCAGUUUUACGCUGCGAUUUGAAACCGUCCAACAUCUUGCUGGCCAUGGACUUCGAGCCCAGGAUUGCUGAUUUCGGGAUUUCCAGAAUCCUCAACUACGAUGACAUGAGUCGUGGAUUUAGCACUUCCAAUUUGCAUGGGUUCAUCGGCUACAUGCCACCAGAGUAUGCAUUAAGUGGGAGAAUGACAGUGAGAGGAGACGUGUACAGCUAUGGAGUUGUGAUUUUAGAAAUGUUAUCAGGACAAAAUCCAACGUCAGAGAUGUUUGGGGAGGAAAACACACUUCCACGGUGGACCCUGAGGACAUCCGUGGAUGGCACGCCAUUUGAAGUAAUUGCUACUCACUUUCAUACGGCUCAUGAAGACAGUGAGCAGCAAAUGAUUAAUAUGGUAAAGCUGGGAUUGGCUUGCACUUCGCCCAGACCUGAAAAUCGCCCAACAAUGAAUGAGGUCGUUAAAAUUCUGCAGAGAAUCUCCAACGACAAGACAACCAGGUUUACUUCAGUCAUUGAGCUCAUACAAUCAACUACGUAG